AUGAUCCACAAUGCGAAAUCCAGUAACAGCCUUAACAGGCAAAGGGUUCAGCAACGAGAUAGAAGCUCGACUUUGACUUCGCUUGAGUCUUUCAAUAUCAGUUCAAUUGAUAGAGAGAGACAUGUGCUUGAUAGACAUUCAUUGCUGGCAGCAGAGAGCCCUACUUAUCUCUCUAGUGAAAUUCUAAGUGGUCUUAGUAAUGAAAAGGAUGCAUACUUCAUUCUUUCGAAGGGGAACGAGCUUAUCUCUUUGGUUAAUCUCCAUCCAAAUCUUCGAAAUGAUCUCAUGAUCAAGAGCUUAAUCCAUAAGAUACAAUUUAUGUUUCAUCAUGAAGUAUUGGAAGUCAGAGCUUUGAGCUACAAGAUAUUAAGAUGUGUGGUAUCAAACUAUGAAUCUUUGACAAUUUUGGUGCAGUCUAAAAUAUUGAUUUAUAUAAUUAUAACCAUGUCCACUAGCCAGCCGAAUCUAUUAGAAAAGAUCCAGUCUUUGAAGCUAAUUAGGCAAUUCAUAUCAAUACCAAGAGGUGCAGAUAUGGUAUCGAUAGGUGUCAUUAAAGCGAUCAUUAGUUUAAUCGAAAGCGAUGACCAUUUGUUCACACCUAACUUCAAAAAUUAUUGCAUCGAAACUAUUUGUGAGAUAACGUUGUAUAAACCAGAGCUAAUAUUUCAUAGUGGAGGUUUUAACACGCUAAUUGAUACGAUUAUAAAUGGUUCGUUUGAUAUUUCCUUAUGCUGCCUCUUGGUCUUAAUAAAUAUUUUAGAUAAGAAAGAUUCUAGGAAGUUUUUACGGAAUGGGUACGAUUUAAAUUCUAUGAUAUCUGAUUUUGAUGGGUUCAAUGAUAAUACUAGGAAAAUUCCGUUAUUAAAAUUACAAAAAAUUUCUUUCUUGAUUAGCAUUCUUUUGAAAACUUAUAAUGGAUUAAUGGCCUUUUCGAUUAACAAUUUUGAGAUUUUAAGGUCAUUUUUAUUGACUUUAAAGAACAAGAAUGAUCAAACGAGGCAUUUGGUUCUCGAUGUGCUAUUCGAUAUUUUGAGGAUCAAGUUAAUUUCAUGGUUAGAAUCUGGCUCUUUCGGUUCUUAUAUUAAACAUUUUAAGUCGAAAGUUGGCAGAGGUAGCCCAGUUUUCAAAUACCUGGAACUAAAUAAACAAAGCAUUGAGUAUAAUUUAAUUCAACAUUAUAGAGGAUUGUUGACAAUGAUUCUAAUCAACAAUAAUAUUAUCCCAAUUUUAGUUGAGCUCAUUGAAGAAGAUUCUGAUGAAUCAAUCACAGAAAAGGCAACGGCAUUAUUGAGUAAUAUUUUAAAAUUGACAUCGGAUCUUCUCCCUAGAGAAUACCUUCAUAAUAAAGUUUUAUUGCCAAGUUCGAUAAAAAAUAAACCGAUCAUUUCAUCUAUAUUCAAAAUCGAAAGUUUAAUCAGAACCAGUAACGGUCGAAAUGAAGUCCUUGAACUUAAGUCGAAUAAUGAAUUAAAGAGCUAUAUAAAAGAACUUAACAUUAAAUCAAGAUAUGAUCUUGAUGAUAAUGCUUUUAAAAUAUUAAUCAACAGCACCAAAGUCUUAGCAUUAAAAGAGUUUGAAAAUUGGAAUUGGUCAUUGAUAUCUGAUUUUAUACAAGGCCCUUUGAUGAAUCCUAAACGAUUUGAUGAACUAACCGAAAAAAAUCCUAAAUUUUUGAAGAGAUUGUUGUCCUUCUACCGUCCCUUCAAAUUCCGAUUUUGUAAAAUAUCCAGCUCCCUGUCUCGACGUGAUGAUUCUCAUAAUAAGUAUAUUGAUACUGGGUGUCAGUUGUUGGAGGCAUUGUUAAGCUUUGAUAAAGGAAUUAAAUAUUUGAGUAUGAAUAAGUUACUACCCCAAUUGUCAGAGAUUUUUGCCCAAAUUGACCCAUUUAGUGGUAUUUCGGCAAAAGAUCCAAUAUUGUCUAAAAAAAGGUUGGAAUCAACAUUGAGUAUUGGAUAUUUAAAGCUUGUUGGUGUCUUAAGCUCAAAUUUGUAUGGCCUCAAAAUGCUAGAACAGUGGCAAUUUUUCAAUAUUUUCCAAGAUAUAAUUGAAUAUUCUAUUUCAAAGAGCUCAAACAAUUAUUUGAUCUGUGAAUUAUUUAAAAACUUGGAUUUUGCAUUCGACAGUGAGCUAAGAAUAAUUUUGGCUAAGUCAAUGAGUGUUUCAAACGUAAAGAUCAAGUCAUUUUUGAUGAGCUCGGUACUUCCAAAGUUAAUUCAGCAAAAGGAAACGGAAUUGUUCACCAUUAAAUUGCUUGCCAAUUUAUUGUAUGACAUCAACUAUCAGACCUUGGAUAAAUCUAUUGACUUGUUGAAUACCUACUAUAUGUCUAACGACCUUAAUAAUUUAGACUAUUUUAUUAGUUUGAGGCCUCCAGUGCAUAUACUAUCAAAAUCAGUGAAGGGCAAGUUUUUACUAAUGAAUUGCUUGAAGACUUCUAAUGGAUUCAAAUAUUUGGAAGAAACUGGAUUCAUUGAUAAUGAAUGCGAAUAUUGGUUCAACUCCAAGAAUCUCACUCAUUUAGAUGUAAUUGAGAAUUUAAUACAGACCAAUUUUUUCCCUUACAAUCCUACCAGUUCAAUUGUGGGGACUUAUCAAGAUGAUAAUUCGAUCAAGUUUUUCAAUUAUCUAUUAUCAACAGAGGACGGCUUAAAUUUCUUCUCGAAUUUGAAACAAAAAAAUUAUUUGGAUAAGAUAAUAAAUGAAAUUGAUAUUUGUGCAAGAUACUUGAAUAGUAAAGAUGAUAUUGAAAUAGAGGACUCGGACUCAGAAAUUCAUUAUGGAGAACAAAAUGCAACAAUGAAAGCUCAGAAUCAGACCCAAUCUUUUGGUAGGUUUAAGUUCAAUUUGAAAUUCUUGAAACAGCAACUAUGGAUUAUUGGAAUCAUUUCAAGUUCUGAGUAUGGUAUACAAUUACUUGAUCCAAUAUAUAAUACUUCUUUGGACAAAUCAAUAAUCAAAAUUGUGUUGGAACUAUUCUACGAGUGUUCAAUAUGGCAAAUUCGAAAUAUUUGUUUUUAUGUAAUAGGCAUGAUUGCAUCUACAACUGAGGGUGUUGAAAUACUAGAUGAAUUGAAUUGGAUUAGUGUCAUUGAUGAAUUCUCAAAUCCUAAGUGCCUCGCUUAUCCUAAGUCUUCAUCAACGAAUGAUUUAUUCAAUGUCGAGUAUAUAAAUCCCUACAGAAAUAUCAAGUAUUAUUCAAUAUUCAAUGGUACUGAUAACGAAUAUGGUGGUGAUUUGUUCAAUGAUAUCGAUGAAACAUCUAUUGUUACUUUUGAAAAGAUAAAUGAGAAAGUUUUGGUGCUGGUAAAGUAUUUAACGUCUGUUUUGGGUAGAAUUGAAAGAAAGGCAACGAAGGAAUUGCUAAAAAUUAAGAAGUCCAAUCCAGAAGUCUUUGAGAGCCAAGCGCUUUUUUUGGAAGUCAUAAGGCUCAUUGAUAGAGGUAAUUUUAAAUUCGAAAACAGGAAAUUUAUUUUGGAUUUAUUUUUGAAUGAAACAAGGGUCUUGGAAAACUUGUCUAGGAAGGAAAGGAAAAGGUAA